AUGGCGGCCAUAGAUCUGUAUGGCGCCGCGAACCAGUUCAGCUCCUCAUCGUCGUCGUCCUCCUCGGACCAGGAGCUCAUGAAAGCGCUCGAACCUUUUAUCAGGAGCGCUUCAUUGCCCACCUCCUCCACCUCAACCUCCACCUCGCCAUUUUCAUUCUACGCCACCUCCACCUCCACCUCGUCGCCAUUUUCGUAUUACAGUUCCUCUUCGCUGCCCCAAGAAUCCUGCUACUUCCCUGCAUCCUCCUCUUACAGUUACACCAGGCUUCAAGCUCCGUUUGCUCCCGCCGCCCCUGCCACCUCGUCGUCCUUCUCGCAGCUCCCGCCUCUGCCUCCGACCUCGCAGUACAGCACCUCGCCGUCGGCCACGUACCCGUCGGCGGGUGACGCGGUGGGGCUGGCCAGCCUGGGCCCAGAACAGAUCCAUCAGAUCCAGGCGCAGCUCUUCCUCCAGCAGCAGCAGCAGCAGCAGCGGGGGCUCUCGGCGUCGCUCCUCGGCCCGCGGGCGCAGCCCAUGAAGCUGGCCGGGGCGCCGUCGACGUCGGCCACCGGGAAGCUAUACCGCGGCGUGCGGCAGCGUCACUGGGGCAAGUGGGUGGCGGAGAUCCGCCUCCCCAAGAACCGGACGCGGCUGUGGCUCGGCACCUUCGACACCGCCGAGGACGCGGCGCUCGCGUACGACAAGGCGGCCUUCCGCCUCCGCGGCGAUGCGGCGCGCCUCAACUUCCCCAACCUCCGCCGCGGCGGCGCGCACCUCGCCGGCCCGCUCCACGCCUCCGUCAACGCCAAGCUCGACUCCAUCUGCCAGAACAUCGCCGCCCCCGCACCGUCGUCCAAGUCGUCUCCACCGGACUCGCCCAAGGCCUCCACGUCGACGUCGUCGACGGAGGGAGACGGGUCGGUGCUCUCCGCCGGCUCGACGCCCCUCCCUCCGCCGCCGCAGUCGUCGCAUCACCAGCACCAGCAGUCCGCGGCGCCGCUCCACGAGAUGGCCAACCUGGACUUCUCGGAGGCGCCGUGGGACGAGUCCGACGCCUUCCACCUCCACCAGGACCUCCACAAGUGCCCGUCGUGGGAGAUCGACUGGGACUCCAUCCUCUCGUGA